AAGAUUACAAUUUAAAUGUUUUUUUUUUUUCAAUGAUCUUAGACUUAAUUAAUCCGACGGUUCUUGAGUUCAUGACGGUAUUCUGAAGUGUUUCAUUUUUCAGUACAACAGUGAGUUUCUAGAUCAUAAGAGAGACACAUUUUAUUCCGAUUACGAAAUAUUGAGCAAUCUUUUGCUAGUUUCAACAACUAUGGAGGACCAUCACAUCAAAGUUGAUCUAUUGCAAUUGUUGGAUGACAACCGUUUGACAGUAACACAAGGAACAUCCGACAAAAAAAAUGUAUUAUUCGUUGUUGGUAAAUCGUCGGCUGUCGAAAAAUUAGAGGAAUUCGCCAGUUCUUGUGCCGACAGAAUCAACUUGAAAAUUGUCACAGUUGAAAACUUGAGUCUCGCGUCCAAAGGAUCAUUGUUCAAUGCCAUUCUGUUAGGUUUCGGUGAAGAUGACAACAGUUCGUCUGAUCUGAGCUUAAUACCAACAUACACCUCAUUGCUGAUUGGUGGUGGCAUGCUGAUAGCAAAAACCAUAGUUGGCAUCGAGGACAUGCUGGUAAAACGUAUGAAGUUAUGCGGUUUUCUUAACGUUGCCAUGAGCAAAUCCAUUCCAGGAAUAGUCACUGGAAAUAUGCCCACAUACAAAGUUGGCACCAGCGAUAAAGUCACUUUGAAUCCAGAAACAAAAGAAAAUGUGAUUUCAGCAUGGAAGUUGGAUGCUAAUAAUUCAGAAACAAUAUCAGAAGACGAUUUAUUAGAAGCUGAUGACUUAAAAAAACCAGAUACUUCUUCACUCAGAGUGUGUGCUACUACAAAAAAGGCUAAGGCUUGCAAAGACUGUACUUGUGGAUUGGCAGAAGAACUCGAAGCAAAUCGACUCAAGGACACACCCAAACCAGACACUUCUAACGCCAAAUCAUCGUGUGGAAGUUGUUAUUUAGGUGAUGCAUUCCGCUGUGCCAGUUGUCCAUACUUGGGUAUGCCGGCUUUCAGACCAGGUGAGAAAGUUCAACUCUCUGGAAACUUGUUACAGGAUGAUUUAUAAUUGGCACAUUGUAUUAACAUCACUCAUAGAACUAGAGUAUUUAUUUAAUGGUAUUUUAAUUAUAUUAUGUAUAUACAUAAAAAAUAUGGUGAUUAAAAUAAAUAAACAUGAUUUUUUUUUUUUUAUUA